CCUUUCCACCACCAUUUGCACUUGCAAGACAAAGUGAAAGAUUCAAACGAUGAGCAGAAUAAUGAGCUGGGUCGAUGCUGCUCGGUGCGCCGUGAUCGGGGCCGAGCAGCCGCAGCAGCAGCAACAGCAGCGAGUGAUCAGCAAGCAGUUCGAUCAUUUUCAGAUGCCUCUUCACUACCCAAAGUACAAGAGGAGUGACUAUGAGGGCAUGGCGGAGUGGAAACUGGACUGCCUUCUCAAAGAAUACGGCCUCCCGGUGGCUGGAGACGUCGCCCAGAAGCGAAAGUUCGCCAUGGGAGCUUUUCUUUGGCCUUCUGAAAUGUAUUGAUCGUUAUUAAAAACUUCAAACCCUAAACCGAUCGAAGUUUAAUUAUGUAUUGUUAGCUACUGCCUUUUAGUGUGUGUUCAUGUGAAAAGUUAAGAACGGCUUCAAGUUUUGAUCUCAUGCACUUGAACCGUUACGUUGUAUGUUGAAAAAUAUUGUAAAAAACUAAGCAAAGUAUCCAAAAAUGUUAAACUACUUAUUAUA